AUGACUAAGGUUAUGCAAGCGCUAGGAAUGUUGCAUCAUUUAACGAAGACUAAAUCCAAUGUUGCUCGACGCGCUUCAUCUGCUUCUUGUAAACUGCGUAAUUGUAAAAUCGAGACCUUGAAGAAGACUCGUGAAAAUAGUUGUCACAACGGUAAGAAUUCAGUGGAGUGUGAACGAUGA